GUAAGGUGGCUGUGAAGAAAGAGGACCUCCAGAGGUACCAUGGGAAAGACACCUGGUUCCCUCUGCAACACGUCAGUGCAGACUCAGAGGUGCAGGGGAAGGUCCACUUGGAGCUGCGUCUGAGUGAGGUCAUCACAGACAGCGGAGUGGUCUGCCAUAAACUGGCCACACGUGUAUUGGAGUGCCAGGGCCUGCCCAUCGUGAAUGGACAGUGUGAUCCCUACGCUGCUGUAUCCCUACUGGGGCCAUCCAGAUCAGAAGCUAAGAAGACCAAGGUGAAAAGGAAAACCAACAACCCCCAGUUUGAGGAGACGUUCUACUUUGAGGUGACACGACCUCUUAGUCACACUAAGAGACAGUUUGAUGUGGAGGAGGAGGAUGUUGACAAGCUGGCUCUGAGGGUUGACCUGUGGAAUGCCAGUAACCUGAAGUUCGGUGAUGAGUUCCUGGGAGGGGUUCGAGUUCCUCUGAGGACCCUGGGACAGGCUGGGGUCCACGACGCAUGGUACUUUCUGCAGCCCAGGGAUAAUGGAGGGAAACCAGUGAAGGUGGAUGAGCUGGGUUCUCUUCGUUUGAACAUUGUUUACACUGAGGACCAUGUGUUCCCCUCUGACCACUACAGCCCUCUGAGAGACCUGCUGCUGACCUCCGCUAACGUAAAGCCGGUGUCGGCAUCUGCGGCCCAUAUCCUAGGGGAGGUCUGCAGGGAGAAACAGGAAGCAGCUAUCCCAUUGGUCCGUCUGUUCCUUCACUAUGGAAACAUCCUGCCUUUCCUCAGUGCCAUCGCCCACGCAGAGGUCAACCGCACACAGGACCCUAACACCAUCUUCAGAGGGAACUCUCUAACGUCUAAGUGCAUCGAUGAGACCAUGAAGCUAGCUGGUAACCACUACCUCCAGGUCACCCUCAGAUCCAUAAUAGAUGAGAUCUGUACGGACCACAAGCCCUGUGAGAUCGACCCGGUCAAACUCAAAGAGUCAGAAAACCUAGAGACCAACAGGGAGAACCUGCGUCAGUAUGUAGACCGGAUCUUCAACAUGAUCACAGCGUCAGGCGUGCGCUGUCCCACCAUCAUGUGUGACAUCUUCUUUUCACUCAGAGAAUCUGCUGCUACACGUUUCCAAGUUGACCAGGAUGUGAGGUACACAGCGGUCAGUAGUUUUAUCUUUCUGCGAUUCUUCGCCCCGGCCAUCCUCUCUCCCAACCUGUUCCAGCUGCGACCGCAUCACCCGGACCCCGCCACAUCUCGGACCCUCACCCUCAUCUCCAAGACCAUCCAGACCCUGGGUAGCCUGGCCAAGUCUAAAUCAGCUAAUUUCAAAGAGACGUACAUGGCGGCCUUCUACGAUUACUUCAGUGAGCAGAAGCAUGCUGACGCUGUGAAGAACUUCCUGGACCUGAUCUCGUCGUCAGGGAGAUGGGACCAGAAGAGUAUCGAGACUCCCAUCAUGCUGAAAGAGGGGUUCAUGAUCAAGCGAGCCCAGGGGAGGAACCGUUUUGGGAUGAAGAACUUCAAGAAGAGGUGGUUCCGCCUCACUAACCAUGAGUUUACCUACCACAAAACCAAAAGUAAGGCUAAAGGUGAGGGAGCUCUCUGCAGAAUCCCUAUAGAGAACAUCCUGGCUGUAGAGAGGCUGGAGGAGGAGUCAUUCAAGAUGAAGAACAUGUUCCAGGUAAUCCAGCCAGAGAGAGCUCUCUACAUCCAGGCCAAUAACUGUGUGGAGGCCCGGGACUGGAUAGACAUCCUGACCAAGGUCAGCCAGUGCAACAGGAAGAGACUGAGCACCUUCCACCCCUCAGCUUACCUCAACGGACACUGGCUCUGCUGUAAGAUGUCUGCUGACACGGCACCAGGCUGUACACCCUGUACUGGGGGCCUCCCAGCCAACAUUCAGCUGAACGUGGACGGAGACAGAGAGGCAGAGAGAAUCUACUCCCUGUUCAGCACCUACAUGAACAAACUGGUCAAUAUGCAAGAGGCCUGUGGCAGCAGAUCAGUAUAUGACGGUCCGGAGCAGGAGGAGUAUUCCAGCUUCCUCAUCGACGACCCCCAGGAGACCUAUAAGACCCUGAAGGUCAUCAUCUCCUCUGUUCAAACACUGGAGCAGCAGCACACCAAGUACAAACGAGACGUGUACAGGAACACCAAGAUCGGCAGCCAGGAACAUCCAAUCGGAGACAAGAGUUGUCAGUGCUACAUCCGCCAGCAGUCUGAAUGCUCCACCUAUUCCAUCUAGCCCCACCUACCAACCACUGCCAUGGGGCGCAGAGCUCCACCCCCGAUGACCUGAGACCUAGCAACACUUCCUGGUUACUCCUGGUCCACGGCUUCCCAUGGUGCAUAUUUCAGAACACGGACACUCAGAGCCGAGGUCAAAUCGGGUAGAAGAGAGAGAGAGAGAGAGAGAGAGAGAGAGAGAGAGAGAGAGAGAGAGAGAGAAUCUAUCCAGCGUCUAUAGGUUUUAUUUUCUAUGAUGAUGUGCUAAAACAAACUGUUUUUCUCUGGACUGUCGGUGUACCAGUGACCACGCACUUUAACCCACAACGGACACACCGCCUCAGCACAUUUUUAAACAAUCAUAUUUUAUUGCUCUUGUUUUGUAAUGUUUGAUAACAAAAUGGUUUAAGUGAUAUAUUAUUGGUGUAAAAAAAAAAAAAAAAAAUCCUUUGUAUUUCAAGUCACACAGACCAAACUCUGGGUUGAAAGACUGUUGGCUUGGGGGGCUGGUCCGUCCCACCAUGUGUGGGUUUAGCCCCUCCCUCCAGGGAGAGACGAUGACAGAGGAAGCAGAUUAGCCCCUCCCUCCAGGGAGAGACGAUGACAGAGGAAGCAGAUUAGCCCCUCCCUCCAGGGAGAGACGAUGACAGAGGAAGCAGAUUAGCCCCUCCCUCCAGGGAGAGACGAUGACAGAGGAAGCAGAUUAGCCCCUCCCUCCAGGGAGAGACGAUGACAGAGGAAGCAGAUUAGCCCCUCCCUCCAGGGAGAGACGAUGACAGAGGAAGCAGAUUAGCCCCUCCCUCCAGGGAGAGACGAUGACAGAGGAAGCAGAUUAGCCCCUUCCCUCCAGGGAGAGACGAUGACAGAGGAAGCAGAUUAGCCCCUCCCUCCAGGGAGAGACGAUGACAGAGGAAGCAGAUUAGCCCCUCCCUCCAGGGAGAGACGAUGACAGAGGAAGCAGAUUAGCCCCUCCCUCCAGGGAGAGACGAUGACAGAGGAAGCAGAUUAGCCCCUCCCUCCAGGGAGAGACGAUGACAGAGGAAGCAGAUUAGCCCCCCCCUCCAGGGAGAGACGAUGACAGAGGAAGCAGAUUAGCCCCUCCCUCCAGGGGAGAGACGAUGACAGAGGAAGCAGAUUAGCCCCUCCCUCCAGGGAGAGACGAUGACAGAGGAAGCAGAUUAGCCCCUCCCUCCAGGGAGAGACGAUGACAGAGGAAGCAGAUUAGCCCCUCCCUCCAGGGAGAGACGAUGACAGAGGAAGCAGAUUAGCCCCUCCCUCCAGGCAGAGACGAUGACAGAGGAAGCAGAUUAGCCCCUCCCUCCAGGCAGAGACGAUGACAGAGGAAGCGGACAGUCAGGUAGUUAGUCAGCGACCAUAAAAGGACCAGAGCUGUUCAACUGACUCCAUGAUUACUGCAGCCUUCAUUUACAAUCUUUAUCAUCCUGUUUUAACUGUUGUUAAGAGUUGGGAGUUUUUUUAAUUCAGAGCCUGGCUCUGCUGUUUGUAGUUCCCUGCUCCCUCCUGGCCUGUACCCUGUACCCUGGGUCAGAACUACAAAUCCCAGUUCUGUAUGCAUUCCUCCAGACUUCUCCUUGCUGUGAAUCUAGUUCCUUGGUCAGGUCCAGGGCCUAUGGAAGAUACAGCUCAUUAUGGUUCACUCUCUGCAUUGUGGGAAAUGCGGUUCUCCCUUGCUGGAACACACCGUGCCAGAACUACAGUACAUAUGGCCAGCCAUCGUUACCAUUUGUUAGCGAAACAACACUUCUGUUACAAUAUCACACUUAACACGCUAGCAAUGUAGCCUGUAGGGGGCAUGCAUUCUAAAUGGGCCGCUAGUGUAGAGAUUGGAACAGAACUAACCUGGUGACUGGUUGGUAUGCCCAAGGCAAACAGAACUAGCUGGCCAUCCAUUCUCCCUGUAGUCUAGCUGGCCAUCCAUUCUCCCUGUAGUCUAGCUGGCCAUCCAUUCCCCCUGUAGUCUAGCUGGCCAUCCAUUCUCCCUGUAGUCUAGC